AAUAAAUCCUCACGCUUUUUUAGCUCAUUCAACAUGUAACUGUUGCUUCUGUUCCAAUUUUUCUAAGUUUGAGAGAGUUCUUUCGAUUAAAAGAUACCAUAUAUAAAAACGAGGAGGAAAUUGAUACAGAAGGUUCUUUCGAUUGAAAGAUACCAUAUGUAAAAACGAGAAGGAAACUGAUACAGAAGGCACCAACACGACAGCAAUGUACCUUUAUAAAUCGAAUAACAGAUACGACGAGCUGAUAACGAAGAAGAAGAAUGAGGAUCCAGAACGCAAUUACAAGACACGCAUUUACAAGAAUUGAAAUAGUUCAAUCGACUGGUAUUUUAAUUAAAGAACUCUAAGAGAGUUUCUUCAAUCAUGAAAGAUUGCUGGAAUAACUUGUAAACGCAGAAGGAUCAUGUUUUGCGAGAAAUAACUCAUAGCGCAAUCCUCCGUACGAUACAAGCUUUAAUCGUACAUUUAAUUGUUCGGAAGACGCGGAAAGAAUAUAUGGGGUGAUGAGGUGGAUAUCCGCAGCAUCCGCGAGUGGGGGGUGGCGGUUCUCCGCGUCGGUCGAUUCGUCGUGACGCUUCGACGCCGCGGAAGGGUGAGGGCGUCCACGUCGCGAGGAUGCCGAGAGAACGAGUACCAAGGGCGUACGGUCAGUUGCGAAUCGAGGGACGCGAGCGUCGCUUACAGGCGCCGCCCUGGGCGCCGGUGCUUCCAAACAGAUGGAGCCGACCCGCGUGCCCCGGGGUCCCGGUCCGCGCCUCGUCUUCCUCUUCGCCACGCUCGUACUGACCUUCGCAGCAACGGGGCUCCUAUGUGGUGCGAUAAUGUCGGAUCAUUGGGAAGAGAUCGGCUGGGACAAGGAGGAUCUGAUCCGAACAUCAUCUCACACGAAUCUCAGUCUCACGUGGUACCUGGACGGUCAGGUUGCUAUGAUCGAGUCUUCCGUUAAUCAUCAUCGCGCUAAUCAUCACGUCGCCAAAAGUUCCUCCUUUCUAGUUCCAAUGCACGGCGGGAUUUGGAUUAUGUGUGUUUCUCUGUCAGAAGAAGAAAUACAACUACUGGAACAAGUAGGUUUCCCGCAAGAGAAAUGUAUCAAUUAUUUGACACCAGAUGAAACGCACGAAGAGAUGCGCACAGCUUGGCAGAAUCGAAUGCAGAACCUAAGUAUCUCGUGUUCUUUGGUGUGCCUGAUCAUUCUUGGAUGUGCUGCGCUUAUAGGAUUUUUCGGCUUAUGCAGGCAUCAGAUAUCAGCUGUACUCGUGACAGGGGUGAUGUAUCUUCUCGCAGCGACAUUCGCACUGUUCACGCUGACGAUCAUCCACAGUAAAAGGACUCAAGAUCGCGAGGCCAAACCGAUAGUGGACGGGCCCGAGGACGGCGUGAUCGGUAUGCCUGUUCUCCGCAGCGUUCUCAAGGCCAGGAGAUUCACUACCGCGUGGAGCAUGGACUUAGGAUGGGGCGGAGUCACCCUCUGUGCUCUCGCGUCAGUCGCCUGGAUCCUCCUCAGCAAGAUCAUGCGUUUCAGCCCGAUCGCCGCUAUGAUAGCGUAGCAGUGGGACGCCUUCGAGGUCUAAGGUCGUUUCUCACGGUCGCGACGUCCAGUCGCGAUCCUUUCAGGAAUCAAAGAUUUUCAAGACCUUGAAGAGGAUCGCAAACUGAGACGCUACAAACGAUGCUUUUUGAGGAAGCCGCAUCCAGAAAUGACCAACUCGAAGGCGAUAAGUGCCUACUUUAUAUUAUUUAUCUCGUUCGCAUAAAUAUUUGUUAUUUCGAUUGAAGGAAACUAAUAAGUUUAUCGGAGAAAUAGUAAGAUUUUGGUUAAAUUCUUCGUCGGCAGAAAUAUUUAAUAACUUAUUUGACGCUUAGUAGAAUCACUGAAUGCGCCAUUUUAACAAUUUAUAUAUUUUUUUUGCAUUUUAUCAUUUGUGUUGUUUAUUGCACGUAACUAAGCAACACUUACUAGAAAUAGUAAGAACCUAAGAAUAAAACAAGAGAAGUGAAGUAAAUAGACCUACAUAUGUACGCUCAUAAUGUAAAGAGACAAAGUGUAACGCUCUCAAUGGCAAUUAACAUUAUGCGUGAGUAUAAAUUAAAUAACAUAUUUUUUGAAGUUUGGUUUUUACUAAUAGCUCCAUAAUCAUUUAUAAACAUUCUCCCCUUUUUUCAUAUUUCAUAAAUUUUAAUUUUAUUUACAUUUUUGCCACGUUAAUUAAUUUCUUGUUUUAAAUUUGCAUCUGCACUUAGAAUCAAUCUUCGAUUAAAUUAUUGUGCUAUCGUGUGCGUGAUGUUAUAGCUGCUCGUUUUGUGAGGAAUAAUGAGGAAUAAUGGAGCGUUACACUUUGUGAAUUAAUAACGAGAGACUUUAACUCUCUGAAGACUAUAAAGAUAUACGCUGAUUACGUAGCUGGCUAUAAUGUAAUCUGACUCGCCUUAUGAUUAGAGUGAUAAGCGUAUUUGUAAAGCAUAGCCUAAAAAUGUUAGUUAUAUACAAAGUGAGGCGUGUAAAGCGUGACGAUUGACUUCUCUCAGAAAGAAAGGAGAAGUAAUACAAUCACGCUAAAUGUUCUCCUUCAAAUUUUGAGACAACUUUGAAUAUUUUCUUCUAUAUUUUUUUGAGAUAUUGUAAUCUGCGUCACGCUUUAAACGCUCCAACUUGUGCAUAGUAUAAUAUUCUUUCAAGCGGUGAAAAAAAAGAGCUUGUUUUUGCUACAACUUGUUAUAGCGAUUAGACGAAAUGAUAAUUGCGCACGAGCAUGUAUCCUGCAUGUGAAAAGGAUCGCGAGCUGCGUUUCGUCCAUUAAAAUUUAAGGAACUUCCAUAUGUUACGCGUCACUCGGUGCUUUUGAAGGAGAACACCACAUUUUUCUAACAAUGCAUUUAGAUUUUUUCUAGCAAUGCAACAAUUCCAACAAUGCAUUCUUGAUUGCCAUAUUUUUUUAUGCGAUCUUUGUUAUUUGUUAUAUUGAAACUAAUAAGUGAGCACAAUAAAGAACUACAAUAAAUCUA